GCCGACUGCAUUUGGGCCCUUGUGCUGGGUGGGCAGCCAACCUCUCGAAACUGGCUUCGCUCGCCGAUACCUGCCGAUACCGCCGCCGUCAUGGGUUGGUCGAAAACUACGCGGAUCAGCGUUAUGCUGGCCAUUGACAUCGCCUUCUUCCUGCUGGAGCUGAUCACGGGUAUUAUGGUCCAUUCUCUGGCCCUCACUGCCGAUGCAUUCCACAUGCUCAACGAUAUCAUUUCCCUCGUCAUUGGUCUGUGGGCUGUUACCAUCGCCAAGAGAGCCAACACCAACAAAUUCUCCUACGGAUGGGUGCGUGCCGAGAUCCUGGGCGCCUUCUUCAAUGCCGUCUUCCUCAUCGCUCUGUGUGUCACUAUCAUCCUCGAUGCCAUGACACGCUUCAUCGAACCCGCCGAGAUCUCCCAGCCGGUGCUCAUCCUCGUCGUUGGCUGCUGCGGGUUGGCCUCGAACCUCGUCGGCUUCCUCGUACUGGGCGGACAUGGCCACGAUCACGGACACGGCCACGACGAAGAACACGAUCACGACCAUAAACAUGACGACGUCUCUGCAGCCGAAGAGGGGCGACUUGACGCGAGACAGCAAUUCGUAGACGAGGAUGGCCCGGCGAUGGAUGUUCUGCCCGAAGUCGCGCUGGCCAGGGUCAGCGCGGCUAAUGCUGCACCGGAGACGACGCGACGCAUCCAAUUCAACCGGUCUGAAGAAUCCCACGAACGAUGUGCCAGCCGGGGAUCGCCCAGAGGACGAGAACGUCGACGCGCCAGCAGCCUUAAGCAUAGCCACUUGGCCAGUCUCGACAACCUCAGCAUCCACCCGUCUACCUUCCGACAAGACAUUAUUGACCAGAGCCGCUCGAAUGGCAGUGAAAACGAGACGGACGAAAGCUCCAAUGACGAAUCCUCCAUCAAUUCUGUCGCCCUGGACGAGCCAGCUGUCGAUGAGGCCACGCCCCUGAUUGCCGAUGAGCGCGGGAUGGGUAGGGGAGCCGUGGGCCAAGACAAGCAUACCCACCGACCGAUCUCUCAACCCUAUCGUGCCCGACGCAAUUCCGCAACUCACGUGGAGCACCACCACAACCAACCCAAGUCCAAGUCGAAGAAGGGCCACGGCCAUAGCCACGGCGACAUGGGCAUGAACGCCAUGAUCCUGCAUGUUUUGGGCGAUGCUCUGGGAAAUGUCGGCGUCAUAGUAACGGCCUUGAUCAUCUGGCUUACCGAGUGGCGUUACCGGUACUAUGCGGACCCGGCCGUGUCUCUGUUCAUCACCCUCAUCAUUCUAAAGUCGGCUGUCCCGCUCACCAUGGCCACGGCCAAAGUGCUCCUGCAAGCCACCCCUGACCACAUCAACCUGCAGCACAUCAAGGAGGACAUCCAGGCCCUCCCGGGCGUGAUCAGCUGCCACCACGUCCACAUCUGGCAGCUCUCGGACACUAAGGUGGUUGCGUCGCUGCACAUCCAAGUCGCAUUCCCCAUCCAAGACCAGGACGGAGAGAAGUACAUGACGCUCGCCAAGCAGGCGCGGAAGUGCCUGCACGCGUACGGCAUUCACAGCGCCACGAUCCAGCCCGAAUUCUGCCUCGACCAGGACUGCAGCCACGGCGACGACGGCUCGUUGACGCUCGAAGGACAGGCAUCGCCGCGCUACGGGGGCGACCUUUGCCUUCUGGAAUGCGUCGACGACUGCGUGGGUCAGGGGUGCUGCACGCUAUCCGUACGGCCCGCUUCGGGCGCGGGGUCCAGCCGGCGAUCCAGCCACUCGACCCACAGCCACGGCGAUAACCACGAUCACGAUCACGAUCACGGCGACGAUCACAGCCACAGCCACAGCCACAGCCAUUGAAAAGGAAAAAAAAAGGGUUGGGGAAAAUAAAUACGAAAACUAAAUCUCUCAGAGUUACGUUGAACGCCUAAUGCGGGCGUGGGCGAUAGAAAUUUGGACUUGGCUGAGCUGUCGAGUCGGCGGUCUUCGAUUCUAUCCUGUUCUUUUUACUGGGUCUGUAAAAGUGCGUGGGCGUUUAAGGGGGGGGAUACCAACAGCUAACCUACCUGGACGCGAAUGCUAAGUAGGUAGAUACAUGGGCAGGCGGGCGGACGGGGGUAGGCCGAGGUUUACGAGCUGA